UUUACUUCCGCUAGUAACAAAAAUAAAUUGCAUCUACUUUGCGGCUUGGAUUAUUGUUUUAUUGAACAAACAAUAUCAAAUAUUGAAUAAAGACAGUAAUGUCUCGGCAAGCCAAUCGAGCUGGAGAUCCUAGAAAAGUUAAUGGGGAACUAUUCACAUUAACAUAUGGUGCGUUAGUAGCUCAACUGAUAAAAGAUUAUGAGAAUGAUGAUCAAGUUAACAAACAGCUGGAAAAAAUGGGCUAUAAUAUGGGUGUCCGUUUGAUUGAAGACUUCCUUGCAAGAGCAAACCAAGGUCGAUGCAAUGAUUUUAGGGAAACAGCAGAUGUUAUUGCAAAGGUGGCCUUUAAGAUGUACUUAGGAUUGACUCCAGCAGUCAGCAACUGGAGUGCGGCAGGGGACGAGUUCUCGCUUCUUCUUGAGUCCAAUCCAUUGACUGAGUUUGUAGAACUGCCACCCGGUCACUCUAACCUCAACUACUCAAAUCUCAUGUGUGGAGUUCUGAGAGGCGCUUUAGAAAUGGUUCAGAUGGAUGUUAGUGUUCAGUUUGUACAGGAUACACUCAAGGGAGAUAAUAUCACAGAAAUCAGACUCAAGUUUAACAAACGGUUAGAAGAUGCAGUUCCUGUUGGAGAGGACUAGUGAAAUGAAGACUGGAAGGCAUUUUCCUGGAAUGGUAGAGAAUAGAAUGAAUGGUUGGAAUGAAGAGAGGUUGUGCAUCAUUGGACCAAUUUAUGUGAUUUUUUUGUGUAGCUGUUAAAAAUGACAAUUUAGCUUCUCAUUCAGAAAACUCAAAAUUUAAACAUUUCUAAGAUUUGAACGUCUAAUGCACUGUAACUUCAAGGAAGUAUCAUUAAGCAGAAAUUAGAACAUACAAAAUAUUUAUUUUACUGUGAAAGGGUUGUAUAUUUUAGGAUAUAAAUUUAUUUUUUUUUUGUAAAUACUUUUUUUAAUGUAUGUUAGUCUUGAAAUAUUUAAGCUGAUUUUUAGCUUCAAUGUUGAGAAACAGUCAUGUGUGUAAGUUACUAUUUCUUCAAAAUAUUCAUUAUGUUUUUAAGCUUAGUUUGAAAAGCACAAUGCAGUCAGUGAUACAUGUAGAAACUGUAAUGGGUUUUUUUUUGGUUAAAUUGAAAAGUAUACUUUUUAAAGCUGUAGUAAAGAAUUACACAUUGUUAUGAUUUUUUUCUAAUAAAAUCUUUGGUAUUAUAUACAGAUAAACUCUGUAAUAAAUUUUAUUU